GAUGUGGGAUUGGCUGGGUUAUUACACUAACUUUAAUGGAGUAAAGCCAGAAUGCUGCAGCGAUUUUAAAGAUAUUAUCUACGAUAAUUCAUCUUCGGGAAUACCAAAUUUUCAAUUAAAUCUUAAUUACGCACUUGGAAAUUUUUCACUUAACCAACUUGAUAUUGCUUUGUUAUACCUGCCCGAUGGUGACGAUUUUGGACACAAAUAUGGACCAAAUUCUAAAGAGUUGGCCGAUAAAGUUAAGCAAAUAGAUAAGGAUGUUGUUGGCCAUCUAAUUAAUCAAUUGGAAAAUUUUCAUUAUAAAAAUGGCAGUUGUAAACUAAAAGAUAUGGUUGAUACUGUAAUAUUCUCAGAUCACGGGAUGGCGACUUUUGACAAAGAUUGUUUGGUUGAUUUGGAGCAUAUAAUUAAUAACCAAACCUUAGUACGUCACGUGCAAAAAUCUUCUACUCUUUAUCAUAUCUGGCCAAUGGAGAAUUACAAAGAGGAAAUUGUGAAAGAAUUAGAAAAAGUUGACAAUAUUACUGUGUUGCUGAAAAAGGAUGAAUCUAAAAAUAACUAUCAUUAUAGAAAAAAUUCACGAAUUGCUCCAGAUAAAUACAAUAAAGGAGAUCAUGGCUUCGAUCCUUAUGUAACAUCAAAUCGUGCUAUGAAUGGUAUAUUCUAUGCGUUUGGUCCAUCGAUACGAAAAAAUAUCCAACUAGAACCGUUUCGUAAUGUUGAAAUUUAUCAACUUUUAUGUUCAUUAACUGGUUUAACCUGUGUGAAAUCUAGUAGUACACAUUUUCUAGCGACUAAUGUUCUGAAAGUCGAAAGAGUAUUCCAACUAAAGACUUUUUUAGUUCUUCUUAUUUGCAUAGGAGCACUAAUGUGUAUUGCUGCCGUUGGAGUGAUUAUUUACCAUAGAAAACGUUCCUGCAAUUCUGAAUAUUCAAGUGUGAAGACUGACGAAAACUAUCCUCUCUCAUAG